CCGGCGCGCGGUGACAGCGCGGCCGCCGCGGCCGCCCCCACCCGCAUGGAGGGCGGCGGGGAGGCGCUGCCCGCCGAGCUGCGGGAGCUGGCCGGCAAGGUGGGGCAGCGGCCGCCCGUCGGGCUGCUGCGGGGGCUGCGGGCCGCCGCCGGGACCGCCGCCGGGACUGUCGCCGCCCCCGCACCGCCCGCACCGCCCGCACCGGCCCGCGGCGCUCGCCCGCCGCUCGCCGAACGCCUCCGGGCACUACGCCUCGAGCUGGCUUACCUGCGAGCGGUCGACGUGAAGAUCCUGCAGCAGCUGGUGGUGGUGAACGAGGGCAUCGAGGCGGUGAAGUGGCUGCUGGAGGAGAGGAGCACGCUGACCAGCCGCUGCAGCAGCCUGACCAGCAGCCAGUACAGCCUGGUGGAAAGCCAGGCAGCCUCACGGCGGGGCAGCUGGGACAGCCUGCAGGACCCCAACGACAGGCUGGACAGCAUCUCCCUUGGUAGCUACCUGGACACUCUGGCAGAUGACAUGGAUGAAUAUUCCCAAAACGCCGCUGAAACCACCGUUGCAUCCAUGCCAGGCAGAGCCCUGGUCAGGGCAGAGCAGGAUUGGGUCAGGAUCGACCCUGAGAGGGGUCUUGCAAAGCAAGAAAAGGGCAGAGCGGAGCAUGAGUGGCCCCAUGUGGACCUCUCCCCACCCGGGCUGCCCCAGGAUCACCGGAUUGCUAAGGAGCCGCCGGUGGUCAAUGGGUAUUUGGGCCAGCAGCCCUCCUCUUUGGAACCAGGCAGAGACACCAAAUUGCCUUUGGGGGCUGGGGAGAGGCUGGGGAAGGGGAACCUGGGUGGGAAGUCUCGGAAAGCUGAGGCUGACUUGGAGAACUGCAAACUCAACAGCAAACUGCACCUGGAGUACGAUGCCCACUGGCGCUGGCUCCAGUCUCAGGAUGAUGUGACAUUCUUGUAGCCUGUGGCUUUGCCUUCCCAAUCCAGCUCUCCUGACUGCCUGGCUCUGCUUCACUUUGUCUCCGCUUGGAAGAGCUGGGGUGGCUGGGGAGCGGGGACAGGCUGGCUUGGUGGUGUUGCACUGUUUGUUGGACUCCCUGCCAGUGUUUGGUGAUGCAGCCCUAAGGGGCAGGAUGCCUGACCUGCAGUGAAUUUCUGGGAGAGGUGGGAUGAAGUGGGUCCCUGCAAACUUAAUUUUUGCUCUGGGGUGGUGCCUGCAGGUGGCUGGUCACUCCUCUGUUGUUCUUGAUCUUGGUGACAGGGAGGAGCUGGUGGGGAAACUUGAGGCAGCAGGACUUCUGGGACCUUUCCGCUUUAAUCCUCAGCCUCCUUUCUUCAAAAACUGGGGACCCUUCCCCCAAACUGGCUACCCAGAUUGGGUAGGAGAUGCUCCCAUGCAUUCAAAGCUCAGUGGCACCAGCAUGUUUGGUGCAAGCUGCAGGGCAGGACCAUAAGCAGGGCACCCCUGUUGGAUGGGCUCAUCUCCAUCAUCGUCUUCAAGGGCAGUGUCCAUUCAGGGUAGAAUUGACCUGGGACACCUGGGGUUUGGCCACAGCACAUGGUGGAUGCUAAAACCCCCUUCCCUGUGGGUGAAGCCCUGCCUGGUUUAAACACCUCUGUGAAGCCAAUCUGAAGCAUGAUCAGGGCUGUCACCCUGCUGCUCCUGUUGGGCUGGGGAGCCAUUUUCCGUGCCCCACGAAGGAAGGCCAGUGGUGGAGACUUCCCUUCCCUGUGUGAUUAUAUGAGAAGGGCAAAGCACUGGAUGGGAGGUGGAGAUCCAGUAUUCCCAAUUUGUUUCUGGGCUGUUUCCCAGCUUGGGACCAGGUCCUUCAGAACCCCUGGGAUGUGGCAGCGUAUAGGCAGCCUUGUAGGGUCUGUGGGGCCCAGACUCCAAAAGGCUCAUUACUUUCCCUAAUGCGGCUUGAUGGGAGUCAUGGCUGGGAUUCUUCAUCCCUGUGAUGAACAAUGCCAGGUCUCUGCCCCCCACCAGCAAACAGAAACACGAGGCUCCACUGCUGGGGUGGAUCUGCAGUGACCCUGGAGACAGCUUCUCUGUCCUUUUUAAAAGCCUUGGUUUCUGCCUGUGCCUUUUACUGCUCACCCACCAUUCCUCCCAGCACACUCCUUGUCCCUUGCUGGCUUGUCGAGCAUGGCUUGCAGCUGGAGCUGUGUGAGCUCAGGCAGGACCUGCUCCCUUCACUGGACGAUGCAGGGAAGGAUCUGGGCAUCCUGCAGCCCCCUGCUUCAAGGAGAGGGGCUCUUCCAUGUGUGUGGAUGAGCCUGGAGGGUCCUGGCUUCACAACCUUCUGGUGUGUCUGUCUGUGGCCGAGUGCUGUGACAGCUUUGCUUCAGCCACAGUGCUGUCAUUCCUCUGCCUGUGCAGAUUGCAGCCUGCCUCUUUCCUUGCUGGGGUGGUGGGAGUGGGGACAGCAUCUGCUGAGGUCAAUGAGAAGCCAAGAGAGAGGGAAGACCUUGCUGUGGCAUUUCCUACAUGUGAUCUGGCUGUGGUUAGGAAGGCGGUCAGGUGCAUGACAGGCUCAGCUUUGUGUCUCAGAAGCAGUCCCUUCAGUGGAAACUACCCUCCGUGCUGAGACCCCCAAGCACCCUCCCUUCCCCUGCAGAUCCUCAGGGCUUCCCUGAAUGGAUAUGGAGAGCAGGACAACAUCCAAAACUCCCAGAGAUGGCAUCUGCCAAGGACCUGGGGGGAAUUCCAGCAAAAUGGGACAGGGUUGCCCUACAUGAGCAUCCUGCCUGCCUCGGAGCAGCUGUGCUUGGCUUGUUGUUGCCUGCGAGCAGCUCGUGGCUCCCUGUGUGGCUCUGUUGCUGCUGCUGAGCCACCACGUCCCCCAAGUCUGGCUGUCCCCCGCUUUCCUUAUAGCCCUGCAUGCGAUGAAUCAGCUGAGGGUCCUGGGAGGAGAUGGGCUAUGUCCUCCAGUGCUGUUAAAAUAAUUCUUGACAAAAAAUAGCUGGCUUAAUAAAUGAUAGCACUUC